AUGCAGAGGACUACAUUUACGAAUCGAACACCGCUCCCCAACACACUCUCUGAAGAGGCGGUGUUGAGGAUCCUUCACGACCACGCUGCGAUGAUCGAGCAGAAUCCUCUAGUCAUCCAUUAUGAACGCAUCUCGACGCCAGACGAUGCGCCCGAGGAUGAACGCGACGGGGCAUGGUAUGAACUGACGGACCGAAUUUCAUAUCUUCCGUGCGGUCUGCUUCAAGGCAAGCUCAAUUAUCGAGGGUACCUCCAUGACACUCCACAAGGUCUCCGAACACAUAUUUAUGCGCCUCUGGGGGUACAUAUCCACGAUUAUUGGACGGUGCAUCGCAGGAAGAUUUUUGCAGGCGAAACUGGUCCGCCCAGUGUAUUUUACUUGCAGGAGGAGGUUGAGCUGAUCUGCCCAUUCAUAACGACGUCUUUCGUGCGUCGGACGCUAUCACAGUCGCAUAGCGAGUUAGUGGCGCGGCUGGUGGCCGCUGGGGGUGGAUCAGCCUAG